AUGGCGAUGGAAACAAGUGCAGACAUUUCUCAUCGGGCACGGCGCGUCCUCAUUGGUGCCAAGAUGAGGCAGUCCAAGGAAUCCUGGGAUGAAUUGUUCCACGCAGCAGACAAGGACAGAUCGAAGACUCUGGAUCUGAAAGAACUGACGCAGGUGGCAUGUCUUCCAGACUGGCGAAUUGGCAUGACGAGGUUUCUUGUGCUCUUGCCCCUCUUUUGCAGUGCCCAGUUCAUCUGCAGGGACCCUGGCUGGUCGGAUGAUUUCUGCUCGCCCCAGGGCACCAACGUCUCUGGUUGCAGCAGCGAAGGCUAUGGCGUGUUACCCAAAAGCCCGGACUGGAUGCAGAUCCGCCAGCGGCUGAUCCGAGAGAUGUUUGGACAGGAGAUGCUUCCUCGCAAGUCCAGGCCGGACAGUGUCACAACAAAAGCAGUCCGGCAUUUGUUUCCUGACUGUUUGUAUGCUGCCUGGGGCAGUGGAAACAGAAGUGACUGUGAGAAAACCAUCAAUGUGACCGAAAUUCUGUGGACGAUGCCUGCCAGGCUGCGAGCGAACUACUCAAUGACGCUGACCUCGAAAGUGUUCUUGACACUCAGCACUUCGGGGUAUGCGCCGAACUACGACAUUUGGGGUGCAGGGCAGCCAGCAGAUCCAGAGCUUCCUCGUAGAGGAAAGACUCUGGUUCUCUUCCACAACGGCCACGGAAUGUCGAAGGGCUGCCCGACCUACGGAGACACAGACGGGAGUGCGGACUGGCUGAACCAGAUGGGCUUCGAUGUGGCUACAAUCAUGAUGCCCUUUAAGGACUGCAACUCCGACCCACAUGAUCCUCACAGUUUGCACGCUUGGUUUCAACCCUUCGAGGAUGAAGGAAAGCCCUGGGUGAAGUACUUUCUUGAGCCAGUAAUCAACACCAUCAACUUUGCCAUUGAUUCGUUGGCAUAUGAGAGGAUCAUCAUGAUGGGUUUGAGUGGAGGUGGUUGGACCACAACACUCGCGGCAGCCGUGGAUCCCAGAAUAGUGCUCUCGAUUCCGAUUGCUGGCAGCCUACCCUGUGAUUUCCGGCACACCAGUUGGGACUUCGAGCAGUACUGUUCCGAUCGCUGGGCACAGAUAGGAAACUACACGGCCUUGUACGUUCUAGCGGCCCUCGAGAAGGGUCGAGCCAGUGUACAAAUGCUUCACGAAUCCGACCCCUGCUGCUUCCAUGCCUGUGGUCGUCAUUCGAGGAUCCAGGACUAUAACAGAUUCGUCAAUUCUGCAGCACGGGGUGUUUUCCAGACUGUCGUGACGGAGGGGAACUUACAUCAGUUCAACCCGCGGGAGAAGGUGAUUGCAGCGACUUUGAUCGGCAAGGUGUCUCGGAAGGAGGAGAUCAAGGCCUGCGACGUGCAGUCGCCAUUCAACGUUCUACGGGAAAAGCUACGCAUUCCCGACACCACGCUUCCGGACCAUGAGAUCCAGGUCGUGUUUUGCGAAAUUGACCUUGACAAGACUGGGGCCAUUUCUGGCCCCGAGUUUUCAAAGUUUGUCUCACGUGGACCUUUAAACCCAGAGGAGGAGGCCAAGCUCUUUGCAGUUCGGGUAAAGCGAGUACACCGCAACCUUCGCUUGGGGUUCCGAAACUAUAAGACAGAUGAUGCAGCAGUGCGACGGCUUUUCGAUCGCAUCGACAGAGGCGGUGACGGCCGCAUUUCAAUGCAUGAGCUCAUGGGCUUCGUGCGGGAAGACUUAAAGCUUACGAAGUGGGAUGUCUUCGAGUCAGAAAUGAAAGCCUUCUACAAGAGUAUGGACGACAACGGAGAUGGUCUCGAUGCGAAUGAGCUGGUCAAGUUCAUCCGUCACACACGGGCCGCAAAUGGCAAGCAGAACCAGCGAAGUCAGACGGGCCCUUACCGUCGCAUCGUGACGCUUGUUGGCGGCUGCCGCAGCAGGUGGCCCCAUGGCCGCCGUGUGCCUGGAGCCUCAGCAGCCUUGCGCGCACAAGCCUGUUUGGAGGAAGCCCAGCGAGCUGAGCAGCGGCAGGAGCCGUUGCAAGCUCAGCGGCGCUUCGAAGAAGCAGCCCAGCUCUGGUCUCGGAUCGGAGGGCGGGAAGCCCUUGCAGCGGAGGCUUGGGCAGAGGCAGGCCGCCUGCGCCUUGAGCUCGGGGCUUCCUUGGACGCGGUGGUCGCCUGCGAGCACGGCCUCCGCCUCAGUGCGCGGCACUGGCGCCUGGGCUUCCUCAGCGCGCUGGCGCUGGAGUCCAUCGGCCUGCUCAGCACCGCCGAGGAGAGACUCCAACAGGCAGCUCGGCUCCUCACCGAGGUGGCCGCGAAGGACGCGCUCUCAGCCGUCCUGGAGGCCUUGCGCAGGGUCCGCGCACGGACUGCGCAGCUGCAGGCAGGAGAGCCACAGGCGCUCAUGGAGGAGAUUCAGAGGAUGGGCUCCCUGCUGGGCGACAAAGAGGCGGGCUACUGGAUAAGCAGCGUGGGAGAGUGCAGCCGCAGCGCAGAAGGCCAGGCGGAGCUUGUCCAGAAAGGUUUCCUGGAUUCAUCGCAGCGUGACGUGAAGCAGCCGGUGGCAGUGGCAAGAAAAGCGAGCCUGGUGGCCAUGAGGAGAUGUCUUGUUUCUCAGCUUUUUCCUCACGGCCGUGGAGCGGCAAGGGUCGAGGACGGGCGCACGAUCUAUGCCAAAUUGGAAUACUUUAACCCAUUGUCAAGUGUCAAGGACAGGACAGCCUGUGCGAUCGUGGAGGAUGCUGAGAAGAGGGGUCUUCUGAAGCACGGAUCCACACUUAUUGAAGCCACGUCAGGCAACACAGGCAUUGCGCUCGCAAUGCUGUGCGCUCAACGUGGAUACCGCUGUGUUAUUGUUUUGGCCGAGUCCUUCUCGAUCGAGCGCCGCAAGAUGAUGCGCUUCUUGGGGGCCAAAGUAGUUACCACCCCAAAGUCUGCCGGAGGUACAGGAAUGGUCGCGAAAGCGAAAGAGCUUGCAGAGAAGCAUGGCUGGUUUUUGUGUCACCAGUUCGAGAACGAGGCCAACGCAAGGUUUCACUACGAUACCACAGGCCGCGAAAUCCUGCACGAUUUCCAGGGUGUGCGGUUGGACUACUUCGUGGCCGGCUACGGCACGGGAGGGACCUUUGGUGGGGUUGGCAAGGCCAUUCGAGAGCAAAGGCCAUCGGUGAAGCUGUGCCUUGCGGAGCCAAUGGAGUCUCCCAUGCUGCGGUCGGGAAUGGCCACUGAGCGGCGUGAAGACGGCAGUCCUGUCACAUCUCAUCCAGCCUUUAAGAUGCAUCCCAUCCAGGGCUGGGCACCGGAUUUCAUCCCAAAGAUAGUGGAAGAUGCCGAGUUGAGCCCGGGUUACGACCAAGUCGUGCCCAUACCCAGUUCGGGUUCUGCUGACAUGUCCAGGAGACUGGCAACGACACAGGGUAUUUUUACAGGCUAUUCUGGAGGUGCCUCGGUGCUAGCAGCUGUCCAGGUUGCCCAGGAUGCACCUGAGGGCUCCGUCGUCUUGACCGUCAUUGCAGACACUGGUGAACGAUAUCUGUCAACACCGCUCUUCUCACAGGUCAGCGCCGACAUGAACGAGGUUUGUGAUAGGAAAUUCUUUCGUGAUGCAGUGGCAGCUGCGAGAGCCGUGGCGAGCGAUGAACAUCUGUACCGCGUCAACAAGAAGCUGCAGCGCUUCCUUUCCGGAGCUGGGCUACUGCUCGGAGUCGCUGAGCAAUGUGUACUUCCAAAGGCUCUUCGCCACCCGGGGGCCUCGGAGCUUCUCGGCAGUGCGGCGGAAGUGCUGAAAACUCGGCGCCUAGCCGUGGUCGAUGGUGCGUUCCCACCAGAAGCGAUUGCACAGGUGCAGUCAGAGCUGAGGAUGCUUCGGAGCGAGCAGGUUCUGCAGAACGAUGUGAACGACGUCUGCAACCCACUUCAGGAGGCAAAAUACCUCCCAUAUGGGGCCGACGAUGCUGCAAGCGCUUUCCGGGCCAAGUGCCCCAUCACCAUGCAGGUCACUCGACAACUGGCCGGCCUUGCAGCAGUCCUAGAGGAGCUUCUAGGUCUGGAUCUGGCAGUGCCGCAGUCGGUAAUGGCUGCUUGCUAUCCCCCACAUGCGUCCUACAAGAUGCACCUGGACAGUUACUUCUUGCAAGGCUGUCCGGAUGAUGUGCCGCGCAAAGUCACUGUGCUGCUGUACUGCAACCACGGCUGGAGCCCCCAGGUUGGCGGCGAGCUACGGGCCUGGGGACCCUUUGAUCAAGGCCAGGGCCCGGCGCAGACCAUCGAGCCGCUUCCAGGGCGCAUGGUGGUUUUCCUGUCAGAGGAGAUCUGGCACGAAGUCCUCGAGUCGCACGGCGAGCGUUUUGCGCUGGUUGACAAGUUCAGCUUCGUCGAGGACACCAGCACGUCGUCCGCCCAGCUGCGACGUAGGCCGACCUAUCGCACUCAGCUGCUGUCUGAUCGAAUGCCGAAGUCGCAGAGCGCUGGCGAGCUGAGGAGCGGGGGCGGCAGCCCUACGUUUGUUUCGACGCCCUCCUUUGUGAAUCUGGGAAGAACCAGGCCUCCAAUGGUGCGCUGA